AUGACUGGAUUCUUCGGCGUGCUCGCUAUUUCCUACGUCUUCUUUAUGCCAUACUUCAAAAGGCGAUUGGUCAUGAAAGACGCUCGAGUCAAAGCAUGGCAUAUCCCUCUUGGUCCACUUCUCCUGAGAGACAACCCUCCCCUGUACUUUCCCGGCAAGGCUGACGGUGAGUACAUCGGAGAGUACCAAUCACGAGGAAAAUCGUUCAACGACACACUCGAAGCGAGUCCAGAGAUUAAAGGAAACAGCCCUCUGUCCCUACAGGAACAAAGUCCAGAAAGAGUUGCACCGAUAUUCGAAGACUCUUCUUCUGUCGAAAAAGGUCCACAACAGAGUCACACUGGCAUGCACAAACGACACAUUGGCCCCCACGAACGUUUCUUGGAACCGAACAAGCAUCUCUCCAUCGCAAAUCCGCAACGUCUGUGGGGAUAUGUCAAGUUUGGACUUCUUCAAGGCGUUACGCGCGAUGUCACUACCCAUGACACUGUGGCUAUGCGCGCCAUCCAUGCAAGAGCAAAUAAAUACGAUCCGAGAGUUGAGCAUCUCUGGACCUAUUGUCAGGUCGCUUCUGCCAUGAUGAUGAGUAUCGCGCACGGCUCCAAUGAUGUAGCCAACGCCGUAGGUCCCUGGGCUGCUGUAUACCAAACCUAUCAAGCAGGAGAAGUGGCAACCCGAUCUCCCACUCCUGUGUGGUUUCUGGUCGUUGCUGGCUUUCUCCUUGGCGCAGGUUUCUGGUUCUAUGGUAAGUUUGUACUCCCCUCUCAAAGUACCCCACUAACCCUCUUACCACAAGGCUUCAAAAUCAUACGCGCCAUGGGCAACAAAAUCACUCAAAUGUCUCCGAGCCGUGGCUUUGCUGUUGAACUAGGCGCAGCAGUUACUGUGUUGCUCGCCUCAAGAUUGGGCCUUCCGGUAUCCACGACGCAGUGUUUGACUGGCGCAGUCAUGGGAGUUGCUCUCAUGAAUUAUGAUUUGAAAGCGGUCAAUUGGAAACAGUUGUGCUUUAUCUUUAUGGGGUGGGUGUUGACGCUGCCGUGUGCUGGGCUCAUUGCUGGGUUGUUGUGUUUGAUGGCGUUGAACACGCCGCAUUUUUGA